UGCUUAUAUAUUCUACUAUUUACACAUGUAUUGGAAGCGGAGCAAUAAAAACUCUUAUAUCUCUUCAUUGAAAAUUGUAAGGUUCAACUCUCUCUCUCUCUCUCUCUCUCUCUCUCUCUCUCUCUCUCCUUGCUGGCGGGUGCAGUUGCAAUUCUCUGGGCAACCAUAAGGCUAAGCGUUAAACAUGGAUAACAAUGUCGAAGAGAGGCUCCUUACAUCAGAAGUAGAAAAUGCAAGUUUGAAAGAGAGGGUUUGGAUAGAAUCCAAAAAGAUAUGGAGGGUUGGGUUUGCUGGUAUAAUAGCAAGAGUAACACAAUUUGGAAUUAUUGUGGUAACACAAUCAUUCAUAGGACAUAUAAAUGAAUUAGAUCUUGCUGCUUAUGCAAUUGUUCAAACCAUUGGUGUUCGCUUUGUAAAUGGGAUUCUGUUAGGAAUGGCCAGUGCAACUGAAACUCUUUGUGGGCAAGCAUUUGGAGCAGGGCAACACCACAUGAUGGGGAUUUACUUGCAGAGAUCAUGGAUCGUUGAUUUUGUUACCGCGACAAUCUUGCUUCCGGUGUUCAUCUUCGCGACGCCAAUCUUUAAACUACUUGGGGAGGAAGAAGACAUAGCAACAGAAGCAGGACAUAUCUCUCUAUGGUUCAUUCCAUUUAUCUACAAUUUUGUCUUCGGCUUGACCAUCCAAAUGUAUCUGCAAGCGCAGUCCAAGAACAUGGUUAUUGCAUGGCUAUCUGCUUUCUCAUUUUGCUUUCAUGUGCUCCUGUCCUGGAUCUUUGUGUCCAAGCUCAGCCUCGGAAUCCCCGGAGCAAUGGGGGCACUGAUCAUUUCUUCUUGGUUAGUGGUCAUAGGUGAGUUUGUGUACAUCCUGGGAGGUUGGUGUCCUCUGUCAUGGAAAGGAUUCACUUUAGCUGCCUUCCAUGACAUAUUCCCUGUGGUGAAGCUCUCAAUAUCCUCUGGUAUCAUGCUUGCGUUGGAGCUAUGGUACUAUGCUAUUCUAGUCCUAGUGGCAGGAUAUGUGACAGAUGCAGAAGUAGCCAUAUCUGCCUUCUCUAUAUGCCUUAACAUCAAUGCAUGGGAAUUUAUGAUUGCCCUUGGCUUCCUAGGUGCCUCAUGUGUAAGGGUUUCAAAUGAAUUGGGGAGUGGCAACGCUGAAGCAGCAAAAUUUUCUAUGAAAGUCACGCUGGUUACUUCAGUUUCAAUCAGUCUGUUCUUUUCCAUUCUCUGUUUAUUGUUUGGUCGCAACCUUGCGUACUUGUUUACAAGCGAAGAUGAAGUUGCAGCAGAAGUGUCAAGCCUUUCUGCCCUACUUGCGUUAACAAUAUUGUUCAAUGGCAUUCAGCCAGUACUCACAGGCAUAGCAAUAGGCGCUGGCUUGCAAACUAUGGUUGCAUAUGUUAAUCUGUUCUGCUAUUAUGUGAUUGGGGUUCCUAUUGGGGUUCUGCUUGGAUAUGUGGCUGAUUUGAAAGUUAAGGGAAUAUGGAUUGGACUGAUCUGUGGGGUGGUAGCACAAACACUUGUACUUGGCUUCCUGAUAUUGAGAGUCGACUGGAAUGAACAGGUGAAGAAGGCAUCAGAUCGUCUCAAUCGGUGGUUGUUGAAACCUGAGGAAGAGUCCAAUCACAGCUCUAAUAGUGCUUGAAAUCGAUACCUAGAAAUUUCAAUCACUAAUUACACGAGAGCUGCAAGUGAUAUUUAGAUUUUACAACUAUUGCUCCAAUUUUGUCUCCUUUUAGUAUCAUUUUCACUUAUGUUGUGUUCGGAUGGCCCAAGUGUGAAAUUGUUGUUUACAACUUUAACAGCACACAUUAAAUUACAGACCCAAUUUUUAGCAGGUCGAAUUUUCAUCUCCUUAA